GAUUGCGGGUGUUUAAAGGUCACGUUACAUAACGCGACCUUGAAAACCCGUGUUGUUGACUUCCAUAUGAUCCUUCAGCAUAAAAGAAAGUAUAGACAGGGUUCUUCACACCCUCAUUACAACAUAUCUUCAGAUUGGAUGCACUCCUGCUGAAGAGUGAAAGUUACAGUUAUUUUGCAUCUUGCAGCAUAUAUGACUCCGGGAUGUUUAUCAAUAAAGAUAUUCUCUCUAGAUUAUUACUUUGCGUUGCCAAAUGAUUUACUGGAUAUAGGGUAUUCAAAGUUUGCAAGAUGUUUUUCACAUCGAAUCCCGAUUAUUCGAGUUUAUGGCACAACACAUACAGGCCAGAAAAUAUGUGCCAAUGUACAUGGGGUUUUGCCGUACAUUUUCGUUGAGCUGCCAAAUGUGGAGUCAGAUAUUCACGAAUUCGUCCAGUCAUUUGUUCUCAGCCUUGAAAAAUCCAUUCGUGCAAAGCUUAGCACUCUUAAUGUCAAAGAUGUCAUAGUUUUUGACGCUGCCGUGGUAUCUGGUUUUUCGAUAUACGGUUAUCAUGAAUCAAAAAAACCUUUCAUCAAGCUUUACCUUGUGGACCCCAGUUUGGUUUCCGUCUGUUCCGAGAUAUUGCUGAGUGGGGUCGUAUUAAAUCGCCCCUUUCAAACUUAUGAAUCACAUAUUCCAUACCUAUUACAGUUUUGUGUGGAUUAUAAUCUGUUCGGUAUGAACCUGCUUUAUGCAGGGUAUUUCAGAUUCCGUACCUCAAAUUCUGUAGGAUUUCCGUCGUUGGUAAGGAGCUCGGAAAAUAUAUGGAAUCCCAAAAAAUUUGGUCCGGAAUAUCUUCUAUCACCAGACUCUAUUCCGAAAUGUACAAGUAUGGAACUAGAAGUUGAUAUAUCUGCUUGGGACAUACUGAAUCGUCGAGAUCUGCAAGAUAAUUUAUCUAUAAAUCCUGGCCUAGAAGCUAUGUGGCAUGAAGAGAAAAUGCGUCGUGCAUCAAAAUGUAACAUUUCAAAUGAAAGACUACCUGAAAUGCCUACUCCUGAUGAAUUAUUACCAAUUAAACAGAGUGGUGUAGUUGAUUUGUCAACAAGUGAAAUGCAUUGUCUUACUCAAUGGACUAAUUUACUUUAUGAUCAAUAUACAUCUUUGGAACUUCAACAGGAUAUAAACUGUACAGAUUCAUCUGAUCCGAAUGAGUACAUUUCUAAUUGGCUUGAAUCCAGUCAAACAGAUGAUGAUAAUUUUGAUUGUGAUUAUGACGAUAAUGACGACAAACUGGACAUUAAUUACAAAGAGGAUGCUUCCGAAGAAGUUAAUAAUACUCAAUUGUCCGCUACUGUUCAACAUACUCAAGAAUCAAUUGAUUUAAAGUCUCCCAUUAAUAGUACUCUACAGCAACCGCUAGUUAAAACAAAAUCAGUUAGUAGUUUUACAACGAUAAGUUCAGCUGGUUUAGAAGACCUUUGUCGUUUAGCCAAUGCAAUUGAAGAAUUUGAUGCAUGGGUACCAACACCCGAACAAUUGGAUCAGUUGCUUAAUAAUGUAGAAUAUCCCGCAGAAGUUCAUUCUUCGUUGAAUGCAACAAAUAUUCAGCAUCCUCGACUAUUGGCUGAUGAUGAUGAUGAUGAUGAUGAUGAUGAUGAUGAUGAUGAUGAUGACGAUUGGAUUUGUAGUCCUACUGAAUUGGCUAAGAACAAAAUAUUUGAUAACAAUGUUUUGAACAGUACUUUGAUUAGUCGAAAUUCAGUCAUCGACCAGUCCAAUGUCAGUGGUAUAGACAAAGGACAGGAUGAUGACAAAACUUUAAUUUUAAAUGCAGCACAAUGUGCUCUGUCGUUUGUAUGCAGUCAACAAUCGGGGGUAGAUAAACCAACAGUUGGAAGUCUCUGUGCUACAAAAAAUGAGAUAACUGAAGAUGAUGAGUGCAUGUCUCAACCUGUUGGAAGUUAUUUGGAUAGUGAUGAUCUAUUCUACUCUAUAAAUCAUUCUAAUGAAGUGUUUAUCCCAACGCAAGAUUUGGAAUCACUUCAUGAAAUCGAUGAGGAUGAUGAAGAAUCAUGUGAUGUGUUCCAUUUAAAUUCAACUCCUUUACAAAACAAGAAUAUGAAUGAACAAAUUUUCCAUGCACAGGAUGAAUGUACAUUCUCUAAUUCUCCUAUAAUUCUUUCACCUUUAUGUCGGUCUGCAGAAAAUUCUCCACCAGAUGUCGCUGGGAAGAUUUUGAAAUCUAACUUUCAAGUUGAUAGUGUUUCAGAUAUACUUUUUGAUUCUUGGAGUUCUGAAAGUGAUACUUCAAAGUCAGGUAAUUGUAUACCUCAAGUCGAUGGAAACGUGGAUACAUUUCACACUGAUAGUGAUGGUGAUAAUCAGAGUAGUAGUACAAGUACUUAUUCUUCAAAUACUACUGUACUGAAAGCUAAAGGUGAAAGAAAUCGUCCUAGAAAACGUCGACGUCUUAGUCUACGUUUACCGAGAAAACACAUUUCAACUACACAAAUUACGAAUACACAAAGUACUUGUACAACAACCUCAAUUAUAUCGUCAUUUAGUUCAUCUAGCCUUCAAUUGAAUGAUAUUGAUACUAGUGUUUCUACUGAUAAUGUUUCAUUGAACAAAUCAACUUCAAUUGUAAACAAAAAUCAAUCUGUUUUUGAAGAAAACUUACUCACUGAUCUUAACAACUCAACAACUUGUCAUUCUUCUACUGUAAUAAACUAUUCAGUAUCUAACAGUAAUAAUCUAUCAAAUCCUGUUGUUCUUCUUGAACGUUUACCAUCACAUUUUGAGGUAGCUGAAACAUCUUUUCAACAAUCAGGACGUUUAACACCCCCUGAAGAAUUUUCAGAUCUUGAAAAUACUAUGAUAGCCAAUUCAGAGACACAAAUGAAUUGUUCGUCAGUUGUUUUGUCUGAACAACUACCUUUAUUUUCUUCAUUUCAUCAUGACUUUCCAGAUACCACAUGUUCACCAUAUACUUCCAGUUUAUAUACAGAUAAACUAAGUGUUUGUUCACAAACACAAUUAUCGCCGUUUAGUGGUAUAGAUCACCGAUCUACAAUUCAAUCAAAAAAGACAUCAUCAUCUUCACUCUCCUCUACUCCAUUUUGGCGUCCAGUAUAUCCAGCACCAAGAUUAGAGGUUGUAAAUAAGUGGCUUAAACAAUCAAAAACAUCACAGGAUUUUAAAAAGUCAAAAGUUGUGAAGGAAGAUUUCGUUUGUACAGAUUCACAAUCAGAAAAUGAUAAAGCGAUCAACCUUUCGAAUGAGUUAUUUCCACAGUGUACACCUGUUAAUCUAAUAUCAUCGACUAAUAAUGAACAAAAUACCAAUGACGAUUAUCAAACACUUUUAUGUCCACCGGAUAAUGAACAAUCUAUUGAUACAACACAACAUUCAACUGGUAAUUCUGUUAGCGUUUUAUAUCAAGGUGCUAAUCAACGUUGUUUCUCAUCGGUUCAGGUGGAUCAUACAACUGUAGCCAGUUUAGAAUUACAUUGUUCUAGUCGUUUAACAAAAUCACAUACUGUAUCAUCUAAUCAAGCAGAAUCGAAAAUAACCAAAAAAUCAUUAAUAAAAUGUGGUCUAAUUCCAGAUCCAGCUUUUGAUCCUAUUCAAGUUGCUUGUCUUAGUUUUUUGUAUCCACAACAAUCAUCUACAAUAGAAUCAACCGAUAAUACUCAUCGAACUAAUUUAUUUGUUUUAAUUCAUUCUGAAUUAUCUAAUACUACAAAUAUCGGAUUAUUUAAACAAUCAUUUAAUAAAUACUGUCAUGGAUUAACAAAUUAUGGUUAUGGAAAUAAUAGACAUCAAUUACAACAUAUAAUUCCUUGUAUCAUUUGGUGUUCAACUGAAUGGAAUCUUAUAUCUUGGAUUGUUUAUUUAAUUCAAACAUUUGACCCUGAAAUAUUGAUUGGUUAUGACAUUGAACGGUUUUCAUGGGGUUAUCUUGUUGAACGUGCCAAUCAUCUUGGACGACGUACCUUUACUAGAGAAUUAUCGCGUUUAGCAUCAGACAUUAUAAACUGCCCUCAUUGUCAUCAGUGUAUUGCUAAAUGCAUUAAAAUAGUUCAAACACCACCAACAACAACAUCUUCAUUGUCUGCCGCUACUACAAACAGUAGUAUUAAUAGUUGUAUUUUCACUGAAAGAAAUAGUCCUUGGCACUUUAAUACUCAAGAAUUUGUUAAUGAUCUAAAUGACCUAUGUAAUUGUCCAUGCAAUCCGUCGUAUUCCACAAUAGUAACAAACAAACAGUCGGAUCAUGCUAAUAACGCUAAUAAUUAUUAUCGUCGCAUAUGGCCAUGUGAUUCAGCUGCUGGACGUACUGGAGGUCCAUUCGCUUGUCCCGGUCGUGUUGUUCUAUGUUUUUGGAGGAUUUUAAUGCAUGAAGUCAGUUUAUUCGAGUACAGUGCAGAGACUGUGGUGUAUCAUUUGUUGAAGGAAUUUAUGCCUCGUUAUACAUUUGCACAGUUGAAUGAAUGGUACAUGAAUGUGAAUGGAGCUAACCGCUGGCGCACAAUCGACUAUUGGAUACGUCGUUCUAUUGUAAAUCUGAGGUUAUUGAAUACUUUAGAUUUGAUUGGUCGAACAAGUGAAUUUGCUCGUAUAUUUGGCAUUGAAUUCUAUCAUGUUCUAUCUCGUGGUUCUCAGUAUCGAGUUGAAUCUCUUCUCUGUCGAAUUGCAAGACAAUCAAAUUUUAUUUUACCUAGUCCAAGUGUUACACAACGUGCUCAUCAACUUGCUCCAGAAGGGAUUCCAUUGAAUUUAGAACCAGAAAGUGUAUUUUUCAUUGAUGGUCCUGUGGCUGUUCUUGACUUUCAAUCAUUAUAUCCUUCUGUUAUAAUCGCUUAUAAUUAUUGUUAUUCCACACUGUUGGGACGUCUUUCAUGUCUUCUUGAAGGUGAAGAAGUUUUAUUCAAUCUUGGUUGUUUAUCACAUUCACUUCCAUCUGGUCUAAUCAAGAGAAUCGGUCGAGAAGUUAAUAUAUCACCAAAUGGAGUUGUAUUUGUGAAAAAAUCAAUAAGGGAAGGAAUUCUACCACGCAUGUUAAAACAGCUGAUUACAACUCGUUUAAUGGUGAAAGAUUCAAUCAAAUUGUAUAAAACAAAUAAGUGUUUGAACAGAUUAUUAGAUGCACGACAGCUUGGAUUAAAAUUAAUGGCCAAUGUGAUAUAUGGUUAUACUGCGGCAAGUUUUUCUGGACGUAUGCCGUGUGUAGACCUCGGUGAUAGUAUUGUGCAUAAAGCCAGAGAAAUUUUAGAAAAUGCUAUUGAACUAGUUAACAAUGGCAAGAUUGUAUUACCAGAUAAUUGUAACGGUCUUCCAACACCACGAGUAGUCUACGGUGAUACAGAUAGUUUAUUUAUACACCUUAAAGGUUAUGGUAAAUCAGAAGCAUUCGAUGCUGCAUAUCAAAUUGCCAAGGAAGUAACAUCAAUGAAUCCGGUACCCAUUAAAUUAAAACUUGAAAAGAUUUAUUAUCCAUGUCUAUUGGAAGCAAAGAAACGAUAUGUUGGUUAUGCUUAUGAAACUGUUGAACAAAAUAAACCUGUAUUUGAUGCAAAAGGAAUUGAAACUGUAAGACGUGAUAGUUGUCCAUUUGUAGGACAAGUUCUUGAAGAAUAUUUUAAACUUUUAUUCAAUCAUUUCACUAUUCCAAAAUGUUUGAAAAAUAUAGAAGGGAAUUCCCAUGAAGAUAAAGUUCAUCAACCUUAUGAACAUUUGGAUAAAAGAUUAAAACUUGCUGAAAAUAAUCUAAGAAAUAAAAUUCAACAUUUUGCCUAUCUUCUUAUUCAUGGUAGAAUACCAUUUUAUAAAUGUAUUAUUACUAGACCCUAUUGGGGAUUAUCCUCUUAUAAACCGGGAACAUUUGCACCAGCAUUACAAGUUGCCAAACGUCUUCUUUCUAUGGAUCCACGAGGUGAACCAUUGCGUGGUGAACGUGUUGUUUAUUAUGUAACAGCUGGAAGAUCUGAUCAAACUUUAUUAUCAUGUGUUCGAAGUGUACAUGAAAUUUAUCCUUCUUUAUGGAUUACUGGGAAAUCCACUUUAUCACGUCGUGUCCUAGGACCACGUUUAAAUUAUGCUUAUUAUUUAGAUAAACAAUUUAUACCUCCAAUUGAAAGAAUGACACAAGUUAUUGGUUGGCGUGUUAGAAAUUGGUUAUCAGAACUUCCUCGUUACUUCACUUCUAAACAUCAUCGAUAUAUUUUGACUUCCGAACCGUCUCAUGUUUAUCCUUCAAGACCUCAACAUCAAUUCACCAAUUUAGGUUCACCAUCUUCAUCGUUUAUUUUAUCUCCUAAUUCAUCACAGCUUGAUUUAAUUUCACAAAAUCAACGUAAACAUCUUUAUCGUCCUUCAUCAGUUAUGCGUGCUUUUGUUGGUCAACCACCACGAAUUUGUCCUAGCUGUGAAACAUUAAUACCAAAUACUAGUUUUACUGAUCAAUUAGGUCAUUGUAGAACUUGUAUUGAUGGUAAUUCACGAUUAAUAAAUAUUGGAACUAUAAAAUUUGGUUGUAAUAUUCAUCAUGUACAAUCCCAAUUGAAUCAUUUAGAGACUAUAUGUUCAUAUUGUACAAUCCAUCAUGGUAUUACAUGUGAUCCUAUAUGGUUAUGUAAUAAUUUUUUUUGUCCAAUCCAUAGUCAACGUUUAAUUGCUUCAACUGAUUUAGCUUUAUUUUGGACACAUUAUAAUAGGUGUUUAAAACAAAUGGAUACGAUUAAUUCAUGUUCAUAUCAUUCCAAUCACAAUAAUAAUUCAAUAUCUGAUAUCAAUGUAAUUAAAGCAGAACAUUUGGAACAUCAAUCAAUAUCUCAUUUAAAUAUAAUCAAUAAAAAACAUUUGCAUCGUAAUAGUAUCCAAGGCAUGAAUUCAAAUGAACAAAACAUUAUUCAUCACCUAGAUACUACUACUAAUACUACUACAAUAUUACCAUUAUGUAAUUCACGUAAAUCAUCUAAAUUAUAUUCAUUUAAUGAAAAUAUAAAUAAUUAUGAAUUAAGUCUUAAUGAAGCACAAUUGCUAACAGAAGAAACAUCGAAAAAAUUAAAUCAAAUCAAAUAUAAAAUGAAUUCAUCACAGAAAAUUUAUUGUUGUUGCCAUGGUAACAAUUAUCAUCGAAAAUGUAGAAAUAAUAAAAUAAAUCCAGAAGAAAAUUUAAUUCAUUUAACAAAUCGUGGUGAAUUAUUAGAGAAUCCAAAUCUUAUAUUUAAUUAUGUUAAAGCAAAUGAAACAGAAAGACUCGUUGAAAUCUUAGCUUACAAUCCAUUAAUAAUAAAUCAAUGUGACUCAAAUCAACGUACUUUACUUCAUUAUGCUGCAAUGAAAGGUUAUUUGGAUUGUGCAAGUGUUUUAGUUGCACAUAAAGCAAGGAUUAAUGAACCAGAUCAAUAUGGUAAUCUUCCAAUACAUUUAGCUGUUAAAGAAGGACAUUUACUUUUAGUACGUUAUCUAUUAAGUAUUAAUGCUGAUCCAACUAAACCAAAUAAAGAUGGUCUAUUACCAAUACAUAUAGCAUGUGAAAAAAAUUAUUUCGGUAUAUUAAAGGCAUUAUUAGAAUUGGAUAGUGUUAAUGUAAAUGCAGAAGGUGAACGAGGAGCAUCACCAUUACAUUAUUGUUGUAUACAUGACAGUGUGGAAUGUAUGGAGAUACUUUUAAACAAAGGGGCUAAUAUAUUCUCAUAUGAUUUAGAGCAUACCUAUCCGGUACAUGUUGCUAUAGCUAAUGUUAGUCGUAAAUGUUUAAAUUUAUUAUUUAAAAUGGAAGCCUAUUUACAAGGGAACAAUUUAAAUCGAUCAAUAGAAUCACAUGGACUGAAAUCAUCAAUCACUAUGGCAACACAACGUACCCAUGUAUUACGUAAUAAUAAUAAUAAUAAUCACAUAGUGAAAUAUGAUUUAGAAAAUCAAAUUCAAUUUAAUCAAUCUGAUAUAAAAAAGAAAUCGAUCGAUUUAAAUCAGUCUGAUUAUCAACGAAGUCAACAAGAGAAUUGUUUAAUUCAUUUAACUGAUUGUGAAGGUGAAACUCCAUUACAUGCAGCAGUUACAUCAGGGAAUUCAGAUAUGGUUAAAUUUUGUUUAGAGCAUAAUGCAUUUAUAUUAGCUAAACAAAAUGAUGAUUCAACACCGGUACAUUAUGCAUGUAUGAAAGAUGAUUUAGAAUGUGUUCAAUUAAUGUUUGAUGCGGAUCCAUCAAUUAAAUCAAUUGUUCUACAAAUGCAAGAUAAAAAUGGUUAUACACCAUUACAUUUAGCAGCUGUUUAUAAUCAUGAAAAACUGGUUACAUAUUUAGUUGAACAGGGUUCACCUUUAGAAAUGACUGAAACAAAUGGAUGGACACCAUUAUUAUUAGCUGCUAUGAAAGGAGCUUUUCAAACAUGUAUUCAAUUACUUCGUCUUGGAGCAAAUCCUAAUGCACAUGAUUCCAGUAAUCGUAAUUUAGUUCAUUUAUUGAUGUUAUUUCAAGGUCCAGGAAUCAGAACAGUCCUACCAGAGGUGAAUGACGAGGAAUUAUUUAAACGAUUAGUCAAUGAAAAAGAUAAAUAUGGUACAACACCAUUACAUUAUUCAACUAAAAUGGGUAAUUUAGGUGCUACCAUAGAAUUUGUACUACGUGGUGCUUCUGCAUUAGAACGUGAUAAUGAACGUAAUACAUCAUUACAUACAGCUGCAUAUUAUGGUCGUUUACAUACAUGUGAAAAAUUAUUAGCUACAUCACAUGGUAUGAGAGCAAUGAAUUGUCCAGAUGCUGUUGGACGUUUACCACUUCAUGUUGCAGUUGAACAUGGACAUUUAGAAAUUGUGAAAAUGUUUAUUGAUCGAGGUUGUCUAUUUCGAAAAUGCCAUUUAGGUAAUACACCGUUACAUUAUGUUUCCAUUGGUGGUUGUAUAAAAAUAUGCAAAUUAUUAUUACAAUCAAGUCCAUCUUUAUUGAAUCAAACGAAUUUUCACGGAAUGACUGCAUUACAUUAUGCUGCCAAAGAGAACAAUGCAGAAGUAUUAGAUUAUUUACUGACAUCAAAAGCAAAAAUUUUACCUGAUAAAGAUGGUAUAUACUUUGUUACAUAUGCUUUACAACGUAGAAAUUAUGAAACAAUGAAAGCUAUUGUUACACAUUCACGUUGGCCAGAACUACAUGGAAUGUUAGACAAUACAUCACAAUGUCCAGUGGAUGGAUUUAUUCGAAAUAUGCCAUCAAUGUGUAAAAUAUUCUAUGACUUUUCAAUACUUCAAAGACCCAUGAAUCCUUGUGAAAAACCACCACAGGAUCCUAUGAAACGUAUCAAGUUAAUGGUCGAGUUGAAACGUGAAGAGUUAUUAAUUCAUCCACUUUGUAAAGCAUAUUUAGAAAGAAAAUGGCAAACUUAUGGACGUUGGGUUCAAUUAUGUGUAAGUGUUUAUUAUGCUGUUUUAUUAUUCGCAAUUACUUGUUUGGUUUUGGGUCAUAGUCCAAUACGUCAUGUAGAAAAUAUUGACAAAAUAUCAAGUUGUUCUGAACUGUUUUAUGAAACACCAACAAGAAUGUAUAUAUUUUCAACGAUUGCUGCAAUUAUCUUAGUUCUAACAGCUUUAGAUUUAAACAUUAAAAUAUGGCAAUUAAUAACUCAGAAAUAUGAAUAUUUUAAAGAUUGGAAUAAUUAUUUAGAAUUUUUAUUAAAUGCAUUAGCAAUGACUUAUUCAGCAUUAACAAUAAAGAAUCAUUUAAAUCAUCAUUAUAUUGAAUUAGGUGUAGUUGUGAUGUUUUUGGCAUGGUUUAAUUUUCUAUUACAAAUGAUGAGAUUUAAACAUGUUGGAAUAUUUGUUGUCAUGUUUUUGCAUGUAUUUGCAACUGUUGGAAAGUGUCUAGUUGUAUUCUCUGUGGUGUUUAUUGCAUUCGCACUGUCAUUUCAUGUUUUGUUUCGAGCUCCCAGUUAUUCAGACACAAUAACAUCAUCAUCAUCAUCAUUGAAUCAAUCAAUAAUCGAUUAUUGUUUUCCAAUAAUUCAUGAUAUUGAUUUUAAUAAUAAUAAUAAUAAUAAUAAUAAAACAAAUUUAUCAAUAUCAUUAGAAUUGAAACCAUUUCAAUAUUUAAGUUUAUCAUUAUUUAAAACAUUAAUGAUGAUGUUAGGUGAAUAUGAGCAUACAGCAACUAUUAUAGAACCAUAUAUAGGAAAUCAAUCAUUUCAAUUACAUUAUCCAUUGAUAACAUUCUUUUUCUAUACAACAUUUAUAUUUCUUGUACCAAUUAUAUUAAUGAAUUUAUUAAUUGGUUUAGCUGUUGGUGAUAUUGAAAAUGUUCGAAGAAGUGCUGUACAACAUUUAAUCUCUCAACAAGUUUAUUGGUUAGCUGAUUUAGAACCAAAAUUAACUGGAAUAUUUCGUUCUAAAUUAUAUAAAUCAAAUUGGAUGAAAAAAACUAAAUUAAAUAAGACUACAGGAUUCUUAGAUAAAUCUGGAUUCGAAACGACAUAUGAAGAAAAUCUAAUACAAAAGUAUCUUAAAGAAGCAGUUAAAAAAAUAACUUCUAUUGACAAAGAAACUAAAUUACAAACAACUAGAAUGGCUGCAAUCAUUGAAAAGUUAGAAAUUCGAUCAAAAGAAUUCAAUAUUGAUGAAGGUGUCUAUCCAAGAGGGGUUUCUGGUUUGGAUCGAAUUAUGGAAAUGGAUUAUGCAAUUCAUUGA